ACCGGAAGUGCGUCAGGCGCGGGCGGAAGUAGCCGGGCCGGGCGGGUGCCGGAGGGUCGCGGCGGCCUCGCCAUGGUGGAUUACAGCGUGUGGGACCACAUCGAGGUCUCGGACGACGAAGACGAGACUCACCCCAACAUCGACACCGCCAGUCUUUUCCGAUGGCGGCACCAGGCCCGAGUGGAGAGGAUGGAGCAGUUCCAGAAGGAGAAGGAGGAGCUGGAUAAAGGCUGCAGGGAAUGCAAGAGGAAACUCGCCGAGUGCCAGAAGAAAAUGAAGGAGUUGGAAGUGGCUGAUCCAGAGAGUGGCAAAGGGGAGCUGGAAAAGCUCCAGGCCGAGGCCCAGCAGCUGAAAAACGAGGAGAAAAGUUGGGAGAACAAGCUGGAGGAGCUGAGGAAGAAGGAGAAGAACAUGCCCUGGAAUGUGGACACGCUCAGCAAGGACGGCUUCAGCAAGAGUGUUUUCAACGUGAAACCCGAGGAGAAGGAGGAGACAGAGGAGCAGAAGGAAAAAAAACACAAAACGUUCGUGGAGAGAUACGAGAAGCAGAUUAAACACUUUGGGAUGCUGAGGCGUUGGGAUGACUCCCAGAAAUACCUGUCAGACAAUCCUCACCUGGUGUGUGAGGAGACAGCGAAUUAUUUGGUGAUCUGGUGCAUCGACCUGGAGGUGGAGGAGAAACACGCCCUGAUGGAGCAGGUUGCCCACCAGACCAUCGUCAUGCAGUUCACCCUGGAGCUGGCCAAGAGUCUCAAGGUUGAUCCCAGGGCCUGUUUCAGGCAGUUCUUCACCAAGAUCAAGACUGCAGAUCAACAAUACCUGGAGGGUUUCACAGAGGAGCUGGAGGCGUUCAAGGAGCGCGUGCGGGGCCGGGCGCGGGCGCGGCUGGAGCGCGCGCUGCGCGAGUACGAGCAGGAGGAGCGGCAGAAGCGCCUCGGGCCCGGCGGCCUCGACCCCGUGGAGGUGUUUGAGUCCCUGCCUGCCGAGCUGCAGAAAUGUUUCGAUGUCAAGGACGUGCAGCUGCUGCAGGAAACCAUCGGCAAGAUGGACCCCACGGAGGCCAAGUACCACAUGCAGCGCUGCAUCGACUCGGGGCUCUGGGUCCCCAACGCCAAAGGCGGCGACGGCGCCGACAAAGGGGCGGGGGAGGCGCCCCAGGAGGAGUCCCCCAAGGAAUCACCCUGAGAAAAUGGGGGGAAAACAGCAGAAAAAGGGCAAAAAUGGAAAAAAAAAUACAAAAAAAUGUCAAAAA